UGACUUGUGGCGCUUUAUCCGCUUGAUUCUAUACGUAGACCCAGGAUAUUCUAUCGUUCUAUUUGUUCGUUACUGUUCAGCUUGAUUUUAUCGCAAAAUGACUGAGAAGACUGCAGCACCCGUUGCUACAUCAGCACCUGAAGAGAAGACUCCGGCUAAGACUGCAACACCGAAGAAAGCAGCAGCUCCUAAAGCUAAGAGCGCUACUGCUGCCAAACCUAAAACUCAUCCCGGUACUGCUUCAAUGGUUAAAACAGCCAUUAAGACUCUUGCUGAGCGCAAUGGAUCAUCACUUCAAGCCAUCAAGAAAUACAUUGCCAGUACCUACAAGGUUGACACUGAAAAGCAUUCACAAUUCAUCAAGAAAUUCUUAAAAGCUGCCGUUACCGAUGGAACACUCGUCCAAGUUAAAGGAAAAGGAGCUAAUGGAUCUUUCAAGCUAGCAGUAACUAAAGUUGCAGCUGCUAAACCUAAACCUAAAGCGACCGCAGAAAAGAAAGAAGUCAAAGCUAAAAAACCUGCAGCACCGAAGAAAUCUCCAAAGAAGACCACUGAAACCAAGGAAAAAGUUGGUAAAAAACCUACUACGCCCAAGAAAGAAGCUAAGAAAACAACACCUGCUGAGAAGAAAACUACAACUAAAACCGCUGCUCCUAAAGCAGUUAAACCUAAAACACCUGCUGCACCUAAAGCCAAGAAAGCAACCAAGGCACCAACAGCCAAACCCAAGGCUCCAAAACCCAAGAAGGUAACAGCACCAAAAACAGCCAAAACAGCACCCAAGAAAGCAACAGCUGCCAAAAAAUAAAUAUGAUUAGUCAACCGUAUCGAAAACUUCGUGUUCACACGAAAUAUACCCAACGGCCCUUUUAAGGGCCAAA